UUUUGUUUCCCUGGCUUUCUUUGAGGCGAGGCUACGUAUGUUCUCAUUCUUCGAUUCGAUCUUCAACGUGCCGGAAAAGGAAACAUGGUGCUCGCUUCGAUCUCCACGGUGGUGCUGGGCUCGAUCGCCUUCACCAUAUUCUGGAUGCUGGCCGUGUUCCCGGCCGUCCCGUUCCUUCCCAUCGGUCGCACCGCCGGGUCCCUCCUCGGCGGCAUGCUCAUGAUCGUCUUCCAGGUGAUCAGCCCCGACCAGGCCUACGCCUCCAUCGACCUCCCGAUCCUCGGCCUCCUCUUCGGCACCAUGGUCGUCAGCAUCUACCUGGAGCGCGCGCAGAUGUUCAAGUACUUGGGCCGGCUGCUCUCCUGGAAAAGCAGGGGCGGCCGCGACCUCCUCUGCCGCGUCUGCAUCAUCUCCGCCCUCGCCAGCGCCCUCUUCACCAACGACACCACCUGCAUCGUCCUCACCGAGUUCGUCCUCAAGCUCGCUCGCCAGCACAGGCUCCCCGCCAAGCCCUUCCUCCUCGCCCUCGCCUCCAGCUCCAACAUCGGCUCCAGCGCCACCCCCAUCGGCAACCCGCAGAACCUGGUCAUCGCCGUCCAAAGCAAAAUCUCCUUCAUCAAGUUCUUCGUCGGCGUCGUCCCCGCCAUGCUCGUCGGCGUCGUCAUCAACAUCGUCUUCCUGCUCUGCAUGUUCUGGAACCAACUGACUCCCCCGCCGGAGGGCGACGAGCCGGAGAAGCAAUCAGAGACGACGGUGACUGAAAUCGAGGUGGAAACCCACACCUUCUCGCCGGCGAGGAUGUCGCACCCUUCCCCGCUGCAGCAUCUGCAGCCGUCGCCGCUGAGGACCCCCGCCGCCAACGACGUGGAGAGGAACGUGCCAUGCCCCAACGCCGGCACCAAACGAGGCUGCUCCGACGUUUCCCACAUCAAGAUGUGCUUGACCAAGAAGGAACUCUUCUUGAAGAGCUUCGUCUACAUCGUCACCGCCGGCAUGCUGGCCGCUCUCCUCAUGGGACUCAACAUGUCAUGGACUGCAAUCUCUGCAGCCCUCAUACUCGUCAUCAUCGACUUCAAAGACGCCGGCCCCUGUCUCGACAAGGUCUCCUACUCCCUAUUGGUUUUCUUCUGUGGGAUGUUCAUCACGGUGGACGGAUUUAACAGAACAGGAAUCCCAAGCGAGUUCUGGGACUUCAUGGAGCCGUAUUCGCGGAUCAACCAUGCGAGUGGCGUAGCAGUUCUCUCUAUGGUCAUCCUUCUGCUAUCAAACUUGGCCUCCAACGUACCGACUGUGCUCCUGCUGGGAGCUCAAGUGGCCAAGUCGGCUGCCGCAGUGUCCCCGAGCUAUGAAUCAAGAGCAUGGCUGAUACUUGCCUUCGUGAGCACCGUCGCCGGAAACUUGUCCCUCCUCGGCUCCGCGGCCAACCUAAUUGUGUGCGAGCAGGCGCGGCGCUCCGAGACGCAUGGCUACGACCUCACUUUCUGGGCUCACAUAGUCUUCGGGCUGCCGUCGACUCUCGUCGUCACUGCCGCCGGCCUACCGCUGAUCAAGGGUUAGGUGGAAUUGUGUGCAGGUAAUUAAGCUUCAAAUGGUUGGUUGAAGACUGUAAUUGUGUGUACUUGUUGAUUAAGGUUGCUGGUUGUCGACAGCUUUAAUUGGUAAGUUGCAUUUAGGGAAAACAAUAAUUAAGGAAUGAGUACUCCUAAA